UACCCGAGCAACAGGCCCCGCCCGCCGGCUUGGGGCCGGGGGGGCGGGCGGAGGACGUCAGCACGUCAGCCGGGGUUUUGCGUUUUGAUUGACAGUUGCUAUAGCGACCGGGUCGGUCCGUCGCCAUUUUGUUGGUUGGUUUUUUUUUAAACCCUUUCGCUUCCCGCCCGAAUAAUAAUAAAAAGCCCCAUUGGAGUGAGGCGGGGGUGGCGGCGGCAACCGCGGCGGGGGGAUCCGGGGAGACUGCUGCCGUCGCUGCUGCCGAUCGCGGCCCAGGUCGGGCUGAGAGAGCGGACUCCCCGAGCGGGGGUGCGGGCGCCGCCGCCGCCGCCGCCGCUUGCGCUGCUGUUCCUGCUGCUGCUGUUGGUGCCGCUGCCGCCGCCGCCGCCGCCGCCGGCGAGCGGGCGGGACCGGUGUGAGUGUGAGGGAGCGUGUGCGAGGGCGAGUGUGCGCGCGGUGAGUGUGCGCGAGUGUCUGUGCGGGAUCGGGGGCGGGCGGUCCGGGCUCUCCUGGCGGAGCCGCCGCCGCCGCCGCCGCCGCCGCUCGGGCCCCGGCGCUGCUCGCUGCGCAGCUUCGGAGCGCGCGCCAUUUUGUGAGAUUUACAAAAAUCCUCGUCGGGAAGAAGCGGCCGGCAGCGGCCGCCGCUCGGCGCCCGGCCUCGCCGCCGCCGCCGCCCUCCGCACCCGGCCGGGCCGGGCCGGGCCGGGCCCCGCCGCCGGCACUCGGGGGCCCGGGGACUGCGGUAUUUGCCGGGGAGGGGCUGUCGCCUGCCUCCCCGGCCGCGGGCGCCGCCGGCCCCGCCAGCCCGACGGACCCUGAGCCAGCGCGGCUGCGGCGCGGAGCCGGGACGCCGGGGGCGGAGAGAGGCGGCCGGGGCGGCGCUGGCUGCGGAGGCCGCGGCGGGAGCGCGGCGCGGGAGCUCGAGGCUGAGACUCACCGGAGGGAGCGGCGCGAGCGCCCCGCCAUCGUCCCGGAGGAGAGACUUCAGCAUGCAAACCUUCAUCUGUCCGGCUUGCACCGUCGUUCUCAUUCCAUGCUGCUGGCCUUCAGAUGGCUGCACAGAUGCCCCACUCACACCAGUACAGUGACCGUCGCCAGCCGAGCAUAAGUGACCAGCAGGUGUCUGCCUUACCAUAUUCUGACCAGAUUCAGCAACCUCUAACUAACCAGAGGCGGAUGCCCCAAACCUUCCGUGAUCCAGCAACUGCUCCUCUGAGAAAACUCUCUGUGGACUUGAUCAAAACAUACAAGCAUAUUAAUGAGGUUUACUAUGCAAAAAAGAAGCGAAGACACCAACAGGGCCAGGGGGAUGAUUCCAGUCAUAAGAAGGAGCGGAAGGUUUACAAUGAUGGUUACGAUGAUGAUAACUAUGAUUAUAUUGUAAAAAACGGGGAAAAGUGGAUGGAUCGGUAUGAAAUCGACUCCUUAAUAGGCAAAGGUUCAUUUGGACAGGUUGUGAAAGCUUAUGACAGAGUGGAGCAAGAAUGGGUCGCCAUUAAAAUCAUCAAGAACAAGAAAGCGUUUCUGAAUCAAGCCCAGAUAGAAGUUCGGCUGCUUGAGCUCAUGAACAAACACGACACUGAAAUGAAGUACUACAUAGUGCAUUUGAAACGCCACUUUAUGUUUCGAAACCAUCUCUGUUUAGUGUUUGAAAUGCUGUCCUAUAAUCUCUAUGAUUUGUUGAGAAACACCAACUUCCGAGGGGUCUCUUUGAACCUAACAAGAAAGUUUGCACAGCAGAUGUGCACAGCAUUACUUUUUCUUGCGACUCCAGAACUUAGUAUCAUUCACUGUGACUUAAAGCCUGAGAACAUCCUUCUGUGUAACCCCAAACGAAGUGCAAUCAAGAUUGUUGAUUUUGGCAGCUCUUGUCAGUUGGGGCAGAGGAUAUACCAGUAUAUUCAGAGUCGCUUUUAUCGGUCUCCAGAGGUGCUACUGGGAAUGCCUUAUGACCUUGCUAUCGACAUGUGGUCCCUUGGAUGUAUCUUGGUUGAAAUGCACACUGGAGAGCCUCUGUUCAGUGGUGCCAAUGAGGUCGAUCAGAUGAAUAAAAUAGUAGAAGUCUUGGGAAUCCCACCUGCUCAUAUUCUUGACCAAGCACCGAAAGCAAGAAAGUUCUUUGAGAAGUUGCCUGAUGGCACUUGGAGCUUAAAGAAGACCAAAGAUGGAAAACGGGAGUACAAACCACCAGGAACCCGUAAACUUCAUAAUAUUCUUGGAGUAGAAACAGGAGGACCUGGCGGGCGGCGUGCUGGGGAAUCGGGUCAUACUGUAGCUGACUACUUGAAGUUCAAAGACCUCAUUUUAAGGAUGCUUGAUUAUGACCCCAAAACUCGGAUUCAACCUUAUUAUGCCCUGCAGCACAGUUUUUUCAAGAAAACAGCUGAUGAAGGUACCAACACAAGUAACAGUGUGUCUACCAGCCCUGCGAUGGAGCAGUCUCAGUCUUCAGGCACCACCUCCAGCACGUCCUCCAGCUCAGGUGGAUCCUCGGGAACGAGCAACAGUGGGAGAGCCAGGUCGGAUCCGACGCACCAGCAUCGACACAGUGGGGGACACUUCGCUGCUGCUGUCCAGGCCAUGGACUGUGAGACGCACAGUCCCCAGGUGCGCCAGCAGUUUCCAGCUCCUCUGGGCUGGUCAGGCACUGAAGCUCCUACACAAGUCACUGUUGAAACUCAUCCUGUUCAAGAGACAACCUUUCAUGUAGCCCCUCAGCAGAACGCAUUGCAUCAUCACCAUGGAAACAGUUCCCAUCACCACCACCACCACCAUCACCACCACCACCACCAUGGACAGCAAGCCUUGGGUAACCGGACCAGGCCAAGGGUCUACAAUUCUCCAACAAAUAGCUCCUCUACCCAGGAUUCUAUGGAGGUUGGCCACAGUCACCACUCCAUGACAUCCCUGUCUUCCUCAACAACUUCUUCCUCGACAUCUUCCUCCUCUACUGGUAAUCAAGGCAAUCAGGCCUAUCAGAACCGCCCAGUGGCUGCUAACACCUUGGACUUUGGACAGAAUGGAGCUAUGGACGUUAAUUUGACCGUCUACUCCAAUCCCCGCCAAGAGACUGGCAUAGCUGGACAUCCAACAUACCAAUUUUCUGCUAACGCAGGCCCUGCACAUUACAUGACUGAAGGACAUCUGGCGAUGCGGCAAGGGGCUGAUAGAGAGGAGUCCCCCAUGACAGGAGUCUGUGUGCAACAGAGUCCUGUAGCUAGCUCGUGACUACAUUGAAACUUGAGUUUGUUUCUUGUGUGUUUUUAUAGAAGUGGUGUUUUUUUCCCAAAAACAAAAGUGCAAAGCUGCUUGAAUCAGAAGGAGAUUAACACACUGAACCGCUACAAGAGGGCAAAGCUGACUUUUUUUUUUAACUUGAAAAGAUUGCAAAGGGACAAUGAAGUUUUUAAGAGCCAUGUCCACCCAUCUUCACGGAGAGCUCAGAGUGUCCUCUUUCUGCCUCCCCCAUUUAACUUCCAUCUCCCGGCCACAGUGGGUUUUGUCUUUCUAUCCAACAAGAGUUAAUGUUCAGCUGUUGGUCUUGGUCAUUUGCCAACUAAUUUUAAAAUAAAAAGGCACUGCACAUAAUUUGCAUAAAGGGCCCCAUAAGGGUGUUUUGUUUUGUUUUGUUUUUUCAUUUUUAUUUUUUCCCUUUUCCCCCUGUUUUGUUUUGUUUUGGGUUGGGGGUGGGAUGGGAAAUUUGGGUUUUUAAUGUCCUCUAUACACAUGGGCACGGAAAUGCAGUACUGUAAGGAAGAGGGACCUCCAGCACACACAAACAUCCUCUUCAGCUGUGUGAAAGGGACGAUUGUGUUGACAUUUGUAAGGCACAUUAAGCAUGCUAAGUGGCGGGGAUCAGGACUCUCCUGUCUGAGCCUACUGAGGAGCAAAGCAGCCAUUGCAUGGGAUCUGUGGGUCUCCUGCUGGAGAGGCCACAGGAGGAUAGGAUGGAACGUGACUGGUCAGUCUCCUUACCAAGGCGCACUGAGAAGCAAUCAGCGGGUCAGUUGUGGCCAGUCCUGGGGAGGUCUGAGUGGUGGUCCUUGGGAUAACCUUUGGCCUUACGGAUUUGGACUCGGAGUUAGAAGAGCCCACCAUUUCAGAUGCAAUCACUUGUGGACAUGCAUUUGCAGACAGUCCUUAAUGCUGAAAACACAGAGAAUGGGUAAUUCAAGAGGCCUUUCUUUUAAAAUAGACUUUUGUGACCCACUAAUUGUAAGGUAUUGCAAGGUCACUUUGCGUGUGUCAUAAAGCUGACUCCCUUCUUGGUUGAAGGCCACAGAGGUAGUGGUUUGCUUUGAUGGAAAUAGCUACAGCUGUGUCCCUUCCUGCUUUUACCUUUUCUUUGGCUUUUUCUCGGCACGUGGUGUCUCCACCAUUUCUUCUGCACAAAGACGUCUUCUGUUCAUCCUGAACAUUUUAAAAUGCAGAAUUUUAUGUGACUGCUUUUUUGCCUCACAAUUAUGCUGUGAAUUUUACAAAAAUUUAUUUUCUUUUUUGAUAAUUUAUUGUACCAAAGCUGUUUUUAUAGCACAUAGAUGUCUGUAACCAAUAAUGUAGCAGUUCUGCACUUUGACACAAGGUGUAACUAGACCAUUUUUAAAUGUCAGUUGAAAAUUAUGGCUGUACUAUUGCUUAAACAAAACUGGAACUGUUGUUGAAUCCAUAGCCAAUACAUUACAGCAAUCUGUGUACUGGACAGAAUAGAUUGACAUCUAAUUCAAGAUUACAACACCUGUCACAUUCUAAAUGUGUUGAGGCUUCUGAAGGGAAAGGGACACUGGAUCCAGAAGCUAUGGAGCCAGCAGUUGACCUUGUAUUCCUGAUUAACUUCCUUGUAAACUUGAACUUGAGACCUUGAUUGAACCAACAGGUCCACAGUAGGAACAGGAGGAAGGCAGAGCUCUAAGCAUGACCUGAAGGGAGCAGGCUGGCACUAGCAGUUGCCUUGUCUGGAGAUGACGCUGCCUUCAUGUAGCACAGGCUGGCAGUGGCUAAAUCUGUGUUCCCAUCUAAAUUGAGCAAUUUUAGGGUGUUAUACUCUGAAGCAGUUGAAUUGGGAGAAUGAAGAUAGAGUAAUUUCCCUGUCCAGGAUCAUAAGAAGCCUAGAAAGAAGCAGUGAUCUACCUCUGCCGAUAACCCUGUUGGAAGCAACGCAGCAGAACACCACGGUACUUUUUAUUGGUUAACUCCACGUGGCUGGCUAGGUCAAGUUUUUUUCUUGUUUGUUUGUUUUUGUUUUUGUUUGUUUCUGAGCAAAAGCUGGUUUUUUAUAUGUAAACUUUGACAAAAGAAAGGCCUAAGCUCUGUGAGUGCAAGUGGAGACUCAGAGAGCCCCGUUUCUAUAAACACAGACACUUCAGCUGUUAAUCAGGAAAUCCAUAUUUAUUUUGUAAUUAAAUGUCAAGCCUGUGGAUUGUUUUGAGCUUGGUCGUUGAUGAGUGUUUCCAUACAGAGGCCUCACGUUGAGCACAGCACUGUCAGGCGGGAGCAGCAUCUGGCCGUGGAGCCCAGGCGCCACACACCCACCCCACGGGGCUCAGGUCAUUCUUUUUUUCUUUCUGUGCUGGUUGCCACAUGUUAGCAAGCACCAAAAAAGAAAGCAGUUUUUAAACCUAUAUUUACAUAAAGAAAACCACACAAUCCAGUGCUUCUGCAUACUGUGUUAUGUUACAGUCCAGUUUUGUGUGCUUUACUACACAGUUUGGUUACAGGACUUCUGUGCAUUGUAAACAUAAACAGCAUGGAGAGGUUAAAUACCUGUGUUCAGAUUGUAAGAUCUAGUCCGGACUUGCUGUGUAUAUUGUAACGUUAAAUGAAAAAAAAGACCCCCCUUUGUAUUAUAGUCAUGCGGUCUUAUGUAUGAUAAACAGUUGAAUAAUU